AUGGCCAGCUCAUCCAACAUAAACACCAGCACCUGUGUGCCCCUAUACCCAAAGGACGAGGUAUCCAAAUUCCAUGGAAGAGUCCCGAACAAUAUGAAAGACCUAUAUGGGGAGGAUGCUCCACAAGCUCAGGCAGACAUACGCGGUAUUGGAUUUGCUUCGCCACAGCAUCAACAGCUCGGAAACAAACCUCUUAUUGUGAUUGAGAGCAUCGCAACAGAGGUUCCAGAGGGAAAAAGGACACAGUCAGACACAGCACAUGUGGUAGCCUCGCUGUUUGAUUCUCAUCCUGAGCAACGGGAUCGCAUCCCCCGACUGUAUGCAAAGACACGUAUCCACACCCGCCAUAUGGCAGUGGAUCCUUUGCACCCUAAGUUUGACAGAGCCAUGCCUAUCCGUAAACGUAUGGAUCUUUUCCUUGAACAUGCGGCUCCACUAGCUAUCAAAGUUUCUUCGCGCGCCCUAACUGCGAGUCGAGUUAUAAAUCCUGCUGAGGAUAUUGGAAUGUUGGUCCUGGUGACGAGCACUGGGUUUGUGGCACCUGGUGUGGACGUUGCCAUUGUCAAGGGCCUGGGUCUUUCUCAUUCAGUCUCACGUGCCGUGGUAAAUUUCAUGGGGUGUGCGGCGGCCAUGAACGGACUGCGAUUAGCAGCUGAUUUUGUACGAGCUCACCCAGACUCCAAGGCAUUAGUGUGCUGCGUGGAGCUGUCAAGCGUGAAUGCUGUGUAUAAUGAUGACCUCAACGAUGUCAUAAUUUCGAGUCUGUUCGCGGAUGGGAGUGCUGCGAUGGUAGUGGGCUCUCCUUCUCCCACCUGUCCAGGGCAUGGACAACAGAAAAUGCAUCUUAUGCCGGGAGAAGUAAUUAUUCGCCAGAACUUCCAUAAUCUGGUGGAUGAGACUAGUGACGGGAUUACCCUCGGUAUUAAUCACAACGGCAUCACCUGUGAGCUAUCGCCUGAUUUGCCUUCAUAUAUAUAUGCUGGUUUAGCUCCUGUGAUCGAUAAGGUGUUGGCCCUCCACGAAAUGUCACGGUCAGAUGUACACUUGUGGGCCAUUCACCCGGGUGGUCCGAAAAUAAUUGAGGAAUCGGUUCGAUCGUUGGGGCUGAACAAUCAAAAUGCGGCCAAGAGCUGGGAAGUGUUAAUGAAGUUUGGUAAUAUGCUCAGUGCAUCGUUACCCUUCGUCCUGGAGCAAAUGGUGGCCGAGGCCAAAGAUGAAAGACCGCUGUCAAGAGGACUUGCAUUUUCUUUUGCUCCCGGAAUCACAGUGGAAGGGAUAGUGUUUGAAGUAGUCGGCACUGGAAUUGACCAAUCAGUGAGUAUAUGUUAA